CAUGUCCUGAGGCUAGAUAGGGUUGUUCUCGGACUUACAACCCGGAGUGUCCCCCCACGUUGCCUAUCCUCACUUGCAAUCAGUUGAUUCCAGCACAUACCAACAGUUUAAUGUCCAAAUAUCUUCGGCGUCAUUCCGGAUAACGUGAUUUUACGACCGAGUCAAAAGCUCAAAAGUCUUCUUUCUGGUCUGCUAAUUGAUCAUUGGAUCCAAGGCGUACGACUGAUGCCUCUGGCGCAACACUAUGCCGCAUCUUACGGAGCUCAUACAAGCUGCGAAUGGACCAUUCCAUACGUUGGAGUUCUUCCCUCCUCGUACCGAGCCUGGUCUCGUGAAUCUGCUCGAUCGCAUCAGAAGGUUCACAUCUGGAUCAGCACCUCCAUUGGCUGUCUCGAUAACAUGGGGAGCGGGCGGUAGUACUGCUGAGAGGUCGUUAGAUCUCGCUGCUCAAGUUGUGGAGCUCGGUGUGGAAGUCAUCCUACACUUGACGUGCACGAAUAUGCCUAGAGACAAGGUCGACAUGGCGUUAACGCGCGCCCGUGGACUCGGCAUUCAUAACAUCCUUGCACUCCGAGGCGAUCCUCCAAGACCUGAGGAAUACGCUCUUACACCACCCUCUGAGCCAGAUUUCUUCCAGCACGCCGAUGACCUCGUGAGGUAUAUCCGAGCAGAACACGGCGAUUAUUUUUGUAUCGGCGUCGCGGGAUAUCCAACACCUCAUCAAGACUCUCAAUCCAUGGAGGAUGAUCUGAAAUGGUUCAAACUCAAAUGCGAUGCCGGUGCAGACUUUAUCGUCACCCAGCUAUUCUAUGACGUUCAUGGGUUCGAAUCUUGGGUUCGACGCUGUCGCGAUGCGGGAAUAACGCAACCUAUCAUACCUGGAAUUAUGCCCAUUCAAAACUUUUCAUCUUUCCGUCGACUUGUAAACCUGACUGGCUGCCCCGUACCGAACUCCAUCCUCUCUCAUCUCUAUCCUAUCAAGACCGACGAUGCAGCUGUCAAGCAAUAUGGUGCAAGACUGGCAACUCAGAUGGUCUCUCGCUUGAUGGCCUCGGGACUGGUCCAGGGCGUGCAUUUCUGCACACUCAAUCUCGAAAAAUCGGUCCGGACAAUCGUUGAGAACCUUGGGUGGGCCGCGCCAGCUGCACCUUCCCCUGAACAUCACAAUCGAGUCAUCGAAGAGGCCACCGGUCAGCUUUCCAACCUUUCCAUCUCACCUUCCGAAGCGAGUCAUCUUGCUCAAAUUGGACUGCAUCGUUCGCCACAGACCAAGCCGUUGAAUCCGCCGAAUCUUGAGGAUAGUUGGGACGAAUACCCAAACGGCAGAUUCACGGAUGUCCGCAGUCCUGCAUACGGUGAGAUUGAUGGGUGGGGAAGUGGGAUCAAGACGACUUCUGCUCGUGCACUGGAAGCUUGGGGCACGCCGACAUGCCACAAUGAUAUCGGAAACCUCUUCACCGCAUACAUCAACAACGACCCAUCCCUCCCUUCUCCCCCUACCACACCAUUCUCUGACCUCCCUCUGUCUGCCGAAUCAUCCUCUAUCAUCCCUCACCUCCUCAAGCUCAACGCCAAACGGUACUACACUGUCGGCUCGCAACCCUCUGUCGACGCCGCCGCCAGCGAAGACCCAAUUCAUGGCUGGGGGCCGCGAGGUGGCUACGUGUUUCAGAAGAGUUUUGUCGAGUUUUUCGUCCCACUCAGCGAGGUCCAGCGACUCGAGGCGAGCGUGUCCAAGCGUAUCACCAUGUACGCGGCGAACAAAAAGGGCGAGUUUCGUACCAAUACCGAGCCUGGAGCUGUCAACGCAGUCACAUGGGGCGUAUUUCCAGGGCAAGAGAUUGUUCAGUCGACAAUCAUCGAGGCGACGUCAUUCAUGGCCUGGAAGGAAGAAGCAUUUGACAUCUGGACUGAUUGGUCCAUGCUCUACCCUCGGGGUUCUGAGGCCCGAAAUCUGCUUGACACCAUUGCGUCUGAAUGGUGGCUGGUCUCCCUGAUACAUCACGACUACAAGGAUGCGGCAGCAUUGUGGAGGUUUCUGGAGACAGAAUGAUGCAUUGUUGUACACGGGGUCGC